UUUUGUCCCUCGUGAGGGCCAACGGCUGGAGAUGCCCUCAUUUUGUCUGGAUUUGGAGGCCCGACGCAGCUCUCUGUCUCUCUCGAUCCCUCUCCUCCACCCCGCCGCCACCCACCCUCUCCUCCACCCCGCCGCCACCCUCUCCUCCGGCAAGGUCGCUCCGUCUCGACCCCUCUCCUCCCGCCAGAUCGCCCCGUCCAGGUCCCUCUCCUCCCGCAUAUCGCCCCGUCCCGGUCCAUCUCCGCCCCGUACUGUCCCUCUCCGGCAAGGUCGCAAGGACACUCGGACGUCUUGGUUACCUGUCCCUCUCGCCACCGGACGCCUCACUCCAGCCACCCGAUCUGGGCAGCCCACGGUAGGUCAACUCCACCCCCGGAGGACUAAGGAGCAAGAGGCACCGGGGCUCUUGGUCUGGGAGCAAGCAGGGAAAUAUUGGGUGAAGUGUGAUGCUGAACGGACAGAGGAAGAUCCUUGAGCAAUGAAAAUCUUUGUUGGGUGGUGCUAAUAAUGCAAAGAUUCAGUUUUUAUGUAACCUUGGCUAGACUGUGAUCAUUUGAUGUUGUGAACCUUUGUCGUAUUGCAAAGAUUAACUUUUUACAAGUCUCAUGUUGAAGUUUUAUGUAUUGGCAUGGUUCAGUUUAAUGCAAAACAUUGCUACGUGUGAACAAACAAGCUGUCAAUGUUGGUGCUGGUAGAGAUUUAUUCAUCCUAUUUA